AUGCCUCGAAUUGAUGUGGAAAAGGCCAUUGAGGAGCUGACACUGGGCGAGAAGGUCGCCCUCACAGCUGGCCAGGACUUCUGGCACACAGCCUCCAUUCCCCGUCUCAACAUCCCUGCACUGCGCAUGUCCGAUGGACCCAAUGGCGUUCGUGGCACACGUUUCUUCAACGGUAUCCCGGCAGCCUGUUUCCCCUGCGCAACAGCGCUAGGCGCCACCUGGGAUGCCGACCUCCUAUCCCAGGUCGGUACCUUGAUGGGCGAAGAGGCAAUCGCAAAAGGUACCCAUGUUGUGCUCGGUCCCACGAUUAAUACCCAGCGAUCGCCGCUGGGCGGACGUGGCUUUGAGUCCUUUUCCGAGGAUGGCGUGCUCUCCGGUACGUUGGCGGGUCAUUUCUGCAAGGCAAUGCAAGAUAAGGGCGUUGCUGCCACACUGAAGCACUUCGUCUGUAAUGACCAAGAGCACGAGCGUAUGGCGGUUAAUAGUAUUCUUACUGACCGGGCUUUGCGUGAGAUCUAUUUGAUGCCGUUCCAUUUGGCCAUGCGGAUAUGUCGCUCGCAGUGUGUGAUGACGGCUUAUAAUAAGGUCAAUGGAACUCACGUCAGUGAGAACAAAGCUAUAAUUGAUGACAUCUUGCGCAAGGAGUGGGGUUGGGAAGGUGUGGUGAUGAGUGAUUGGUUCGGAACCUACAGCACCUCUGAUGCCGUCAUUGCUGGUCUUGAUAUCGAGAUGCCAGGCAAGACCCGCUGGAGAGGACAGGCGCUUGCACAUGCCGUCUCGUCGAACAAGGUUGCACAGUACCAGCUUGACGAGCGAGUGCGCAAUGUCCUCAACCUUGUCAACUGGGUGGAGCCUCUUGGAAUUCCAGAGGAGGCACCCGAGAAGGCACUCAACCGACCAGAAGAUCAGGCGCUCAUGCGCCGGGCUGCUGGUGAAUCCGUUGUCCUUAUGAAAAACGAAGGGGACAUCCUUCCUCUCAAGAAAGAGGGUUCAUUGCUGGUCAUUGGACCCAAUGCCAAAAUUUCGGCCUACUGCGGUGGUGGCUCGGCUUCUUUGGCUCCAUACUACACGGUUAGUCCCUUCCAGGGUGUAUCUGCCAAAAGCCAGGGAGAUGUUCAAUUCAGCCAAGGUGUGUAUUCUCACAAGGAACUACCACUUCUCGGUCCACUAUUGAAGACUGCCGAUGGCAAGCCUGGCUUCACCUUCAAGGUGUACAAUGAGCAUCCCAACUCUGGUGCAGACCGUCAAGUAGUAGAUGAAUUGCAUCUGCUUGAAUCAUCGGGUUUCUUGAUGGACUACGUCAACCCCAAAAUCAAAUCCAUGACCUACUAUGUUGACAUGGAGGGAUCCUUUACCCCCGAGGAGAGUGGAGUGUACGACUUUGGUGUCACGGUCGUCGGUACAGGGCGGCUGCUCAUCGACGACGAGGUUGUCGUUGAUAAUACCAAGAACCAGAAGCAAGGCUCUGCCUUCUUUGGAACAGCCACCAUCGAAGAGCGUGGAAUCAAGGAGCUCAAUGCCGGCCAGACAUACAAGGUCGUCUUCCAAUUCGGCAGUGCACCAACCUCGGACCUGGACACCCGUGGAAUUGUCGCCUUUGGCCCCGGUGGUUUCCGCUUCGGUGCCAGCAAACAAGUCAGCCAAGAGGAGUUGAUCGCCAACGCAGUCGAGAAAGCCAAAACAGCAGAGCAGGUCGUCAUCUUCGCCGGAUUAACCCUUGAAUGGGAGACCGAAGGCCAUGACCGCGAACACAUGGAUCUACCUCCUGGCAGUGACGAGCUUAUCAGCCGUGUGCUAGAGGUCAACCCCAACGCCGUGGUCGUGAUCCAGUCCGGUACCCCAGUCACAAUGCCAUGGGAAUCCAAAGCCAAGGCCCUCGUUCAAGCCUGGUUCGGCGGCAACGAGUGUGGAAACGGUAUUGCCGAUGUUCUCUACGGCGACGUCAACCCCUCCGCUAAGCUGCCUCUUACCUUCCCACGCCGCCUGCAAGAUAAUCCCUCUUAUGUCAACUUCCGCUCCGAGCGUGGCCGCGUUCUCUAUGGUGAAGAUAUCUACGUCGGGUACAGGUACUUUGAGAAGAGUGACGUGACUCCCGGCUUUGGAUUCGGACACGGUUUGUCAUACACAACUUUUGAGCGCUCGGAUCUGCAAAUCAACACUGUCCCCGAGCAGUCCAAGUAUGCUGAAUCUGGUGAGCCAGUCACUGCUUCGGUCACGGUGUCCAACACUGGCUCUGUGGCUGGUGCUGAGGUGGUUCAACUGUGGGUUCUGCCCCCGAAGACGGAUGUCGGACGACCUUUGCGUGAAUUGAAGGCGUUCAAGAAGGUCUUCCUGCAGCCUGGUGAGACUCAAACUGUGGAGUUGGUUGUGGAGAAGAAGUUGGCAACGAGCUGGUGGGAUGAAGAGCGGGGACAGUGGAUUUCUGAAAAGGGAACAUACCAAGUUCUUGUCACUGGUACCGGGUCUGAGAAGCUACUUGGCGAGUUUGAGGUUGCGAAGACAAGAUUCUGGCUGGGAUUGUAG